CUCACUUAUAAAUAUCACAAACUCACUUCUCUUACUUGCAAGUGUAAGCUAGCUAUACUAAUAAGCUUUCUUUCUCUUUCAUAUCAUAGUUUUCUGUUCUGCAGCUUUCCAUGGAGUUCCACUUCCUACCCAUCCUUGCAUUUCUUUCUUUGACAUUGGUAGCAAGUCAUGCAACUCUAUCUCCUGAAGCGUACUGGAACUCGGUUCUGCCAAACUCUCCUAUGCCUACGGCUGUCAAGGAUCUUUUACACCCUGAAUGGAUGGAAGAUAAGAGCACCGCAGUCGGGGUAGGAAAGGGCGGCGUAGGCGUCGAUGCAGGGCAAGGAAAGCCCGGUGGCACUAGUGUUGGUGUCGGGAAAGGAGGUGUCGCUGUGAACACCGGAAAAAAAGGAAAGCCCGUCUAUGUCGGAGUAUCAAAGGGACCGAGUCCAUUCCUUUACAAAUACGCUGCUACUGCGGAUCAACUCCAUGAUAAUCCCAACAUCGCUCUUUUCUUCUUGGAAAAUGACUUGAAAAAAUACACAAAAAUGACAUUGCACUUCACUAAAACCACCACACCGACUACUUUCUUGCCUCGCCAGGUUGCUGAGAAAAUACCCUUUUCAUCCAAGAAAAUUCCACAAAUUCUUGACUACUUCUCGGUGAAACCCAACUCCAUGGAAGCCAAGACAAUCAAGCAAACAAUCAAAGAAUGCGAAGAGCCUGGAAUCAAAGGAGAAGAGAAAUAUUGCGCGACUUCACUAGAGUCCAUGGUCGAUUUCUGCAGUACCAGGCUUGGGAAAAGUAUCCAAGCAAUCUCCACAGAAGUCAAAAAAGAAACCCCUUUGCAAACAUACACUAUCGAAGGAGUGAAGAAGAUGGCAAGCGAUGCAGCCGUAGUGUGCCAUAAGCAAAACUACGCGUACACGGUGUUUUAUUGCCACAAGACACAGACCACAAAGGCAUACUCGGUUUCAAUGGUACGCCUCGAUGGAACGAAGGCAGAAGCAGUUGCAGUGUGCCAUACCGACACAUCGGGUUGGAAUCCGAAACACUUGGCCUUUCAAGUGCUCAAGGUCAAGCCAGGGACUGUUCCAAUUUGCCAUUUCCUUCCUGAGGAUCAUAUAGUUUGGGUUCAUAACUGAUAUUGAUCUUUGCAAAAAAGAGUCGUCACUACUUGUUUAAUUAGUUUUUUAUAUGUUCGUUUAGCUUGGUUUGGCAUGUCAUCAUAAUCUGAAAAACUCUACUUAUGUUGUCUUUACAUAUAUGUGUGUACUAUAACAACUCUCCCACCCACAUAUGCAUAUGCAUAUGAGCUCGACAUAGAGGUGGCUUGUUUUUCAAUAAUAAUAGAUAUGUUGUCCCUGGUGUUUAGCACUACUUAAAACUACUCCAAAAUGUUAUACAAUACCAGAAAAAUGCUAUGCGUUCAAAA